UAAAGCGCGACGGGAGGCGGGCGCCGCCGUUCGCCCCUUGCAGCCCGCAGCGCAGCCGGCCUCCUCUUGCCCCGUCGCCGCCGCCAUGAGUUACUCCAAGUCCAGCGUCUACUCCAGCUCGUACCGGCCCGUCGGGGGCUCGGUGCGAUUCGGGCCGGUGGCCAGCGCGGCCAGCGUCUACGCCGGGGCCGGCGGCUCGGGCUCGAGGAUCUCCGUCUCGCGGUCGUCCAGCCUCGGCUCCAGCUACGUCGGGGGCGGCGGCGGCGGCGGCUAUGGAGGCAGCGGCUUCUCGCUCUCCCUCUCGGGCUCCGGCGUGGUCCACAACGAGAAGGAGACCAUGCAAGACCUGAACGACCGCCUGGCCAGCUACCUGGAGAAGGUGCGCAGCCUGGAGGCCGAGAACCGCCGGCUGGAGAUCCAGAUCCGAGAGCACCUGGAGAAGAAAGGGCCCAGCACCCGCGACUGGAGCCGCUACUUCGAGCUCAUCGAGGACCUGAAGAAUCAGGUGAGCGGGGGGGGGGCGCCGAGAGCAGCCUGCCUCCGGUACCGGAGAGGCCGGGGGCUCCGAGCCUACACGCAGGCUGAGAACCCCUCGCCGCCCUUGAUCCCCGCCAAGGCCACAGCCCUCGAGCCAAGUUUACAGCGAGGAGGUUUGCAAAAGUAGAAGAUGCAAGCUUAGUAGCUCAGUAGAAAACGGCAAUGAAGGAGUAGUUAAAAGUAGCCGGAACUGUUCCGGGGGUGGGAGGCACCUUGCACAUGCCCCGAUGCACUUUCUUCUCCGUACAUAACAUAACUUUAUAUGUUCCAGAGCUGAGCUCCAACCUUGAAAAGAAUGUAGGGCUUAAACCCAGUCGGUGUCAGGUUCAGAGAAGGUCAAGGAGACGAAGUCAGUGCCUCUCCAGAAGUGACAUCGUUUGAUCCCCAUUAGAAUUUGCCCUUUGCACAUGCAUCUUCCCGCCCGUACAGUAAUGGAUCUUUGCUCCAUGGAAUAUAGAAGCCCCACUUUGUCUGAUGUGGCCAGAGGCCAUUAGCUUUCGGCUUCAGCUCCCUCCCACUAGCUUACGGUGUUUUCUUUAGACAGCCACUAAGAGGCUGCCUAGUGUUAACCACAAACUGUGUUGCCAGGUUUUCAAACCAUCCCUGAAACUCAGCUUUUAACAGUGGUUUGAUAUACCAAGAGAGAGCAAACCACAGAGAGAAACCAUAUCCCCUGCUAAUUCGUGCAUAUCAAGCCACUGUUAAAGGCAUAGCUACAGAAACUAUUUGAAAAGUUGGCAACCCAAACGGCAAAAAAACCCACAUUGGCACAGAUUGAUGGUGGAGAAGAGAGAAUGCCUGGAACUUAGCCAAUAGUUUUUGCCCUGGGUUCAGCAAGUCUGAAAUGAUAAUCACUAAUUUGCUUCCGUUCAUGAGGUCAGCAGUGCUAUUCAGGAUUUCAUAAGCAUCCACCAAAGUAUUUAUUUUCUGCUAAUUCAACUGGUAGCUUCCCUUGAAACCUCUCUGUAUCCCAAGCCCCACCUUCUUGUUCAUAUACCAGGUAUGCUAGGUGCAAAAACAGUUAACCAUUUUGGGUUUUUUCUUUUUAAAAAAAUGAGAAUAUUAUUGUAUGGAAUAUAUAGGGAAGCUAUUGUAUGUAUCAGUCUUGGUAUGAACCAGAGCUCAGCAGCCCUUGAAACCAGGUUGUCAUAAUAGCAGAAAGGGUGCUUUGGGGCAUGUGAGGAUUGCCCUUCUCGCCCCCAAGUAUACUCAGUCAAUACGUGUAGGUCUUUGGAUAGGAUUUAAGAUUCCAGUAACUUGAGUGUGGUACCAUGGAAGUGUGAGUUCCAGUGAUUUUAAUUUUUGAAAUUAAUCCUUGGAUAGGAGAACACACCUCUACAUCAGGAGAGCACUCCCUUCCCAGUGGAAUCCUGUUAUGGGUCUAGAUUUGCUGCUCUUGUAUUCUGUUUAACUGCUUCCUGACAGUUCAACAGGUGAAGGGUUUCCAAUAAUGUAGCUUCACGUUUUGAAUUUCUGCACAGGACCCAUGUGGAAGCAGGAGGUCCGGGGAAGGUAGCAGAGAACCCAUACAAAGAGGCAGAAAACCACUCCACUUGCUCCUAUCAUAAACCUAGCUCUUGUUCCUUCCUAAGAGUUUCAUGACCAGGUGUGAUUCCUGGUUCAGUAGCUGCAUGUGCACACACAGGUCAAUCAUGAACCAGACUAUGGGCUAAUCAUUGCCACGUUAGCAAUUGCAGGCAGCUGCAGCCCGUCCUUUCCAAGGAGGUUGGGUGUGCGGGAUUCACUCUCCCCCUAAUUCAUUCCUGUAAACCCCGUUGUCUUUCUGUCUGUGGGGCUAGAGUUAUCCACUUCUUUUCCUCUGCCUAUACUCCCUUGCACUGAGAUCAGUUGUGCACUACAUAGAAAGCAACUGAAGCUUUUCUUCUAACAUGGAGAAGCAAGAACAGAGGGACAGGGAAAGUCUGCAGAAAUCCAGGCGGUUGUGCAUCUGUAAAGGCACAAAAAGCUUAUUAAGGAGGGAGGAAAGAAACAGGUAACCAAUAGAAAGCGUCAGUCUGGCUUACUCAGGAGGAAAAGACACUCUAACCUCCCCCCCCCAAUACAAGUCAAACAAUUUAUAUUUAGUCAUAGGUCAUAACAAGGAAGUACUAGGCUGCCAAAGAAGAUGGCUCAAUAAAAAAUACCAGGGGAGGGGAACUUGUGACCCUCCAGCUGUUGCCAGAAUACAGAUCCCAUCAUCACUUGCCAUUGGCCAUGCUGGCUGGCUGGGAGUCCAGCAACAGCAUCCGGAGGAGACAGUGCUGUACAAAGUGAACAAGUAAUUAAUAUCUCAUGUUUUACUGCCACUGCGAGAAAAGGCAUCGAAUCAUACAAUUGUAGUGUUGGAAGGGACCAUGAGGGUCAUCUAGUCCAACCCCCUGCAAUGCAGGAACCUUUUUGCCCAACCUGGGGCUGGAACCCACAACCCUGAAAUCAAGAGUCUCAUGCUUGACUGACUAAGCUACCAAGGUCGAUACACAUUUUUCAAACACGAAACAGGUUUAGGGUCUAAGGCUCUAGUUAAAACUGCCCUGCUUCUAGUUAAAACUGAGAGCUGAGGCUCCACUCCAAAAAUGAGGACUUGAAUGUGACACAGACAAGAAGUCACCUCAGUCGGUUUCUGUGCCUUUUACAGGGGUGGCCAAAUGCAAUAGAGGACAGAGCUCCUGUGCCUUUUAAAACACCAGUUAGAAGAAGGAAUUGCCUGUGCCCCAUAUAGUUAAAGCAUGUUGUUUCCCCCAGAGAAUCCUUCACAGAGUUACGAUUCCCAGCCCCCUUAAGCUACAAUUCCCAGGAUUUUUGGGGGGGAGCUUUAAAUGCAUGGUGUCUACACAGCCUUAGUAGGUGUAGUUUGUCAUGCAGGCAAUACACCAUCUGAAAUUCCCAUUUUAAACUACAGCUUGGGAGCACCCGCCCCAUAUGCCUGCCUUGCCUCUUCAAUGUGCAAAGCGUGCCCUCCUGCAAGUACAACGCAUAGGAUAUACACUCCAAGUCUGUGGGGAGUGGCGCUUUCAGUGUGGCAGCACCUGUUUGUGCUGUGUUGUCUAGCACUUGCGGAUCCUUUGAAUAAGCAGUUUAUAGAUAAGGGGAGCACUGAAAUGUACAGAUCUUGUUCUGGUCCCCACCGCUGCAUGAACGUGCAAAAUCCACAUGCAAAGCUUCAUCCUAACAUGCACACAUAGCAGUGGGUGAAAAGGCUUCUGAACCUUUCAAUUUCCUUCAUGCCCUGUGACUUCUGGGAAACUGGAACCUUGUGAGGCGGGAAACCAACACCCAGAGGCUAUAGCAGUUGGGUUCAAAGGACAAUUGUGUGCUGGGAAGAAUGACUGAGGGUAGAUUAAUUAUAAAAAAAUAUGUUUGUUCUCGUGAGUCAUGUUUAGUCAAUCAGCAAACAAAGUGUGCACACAAAAGGAUAACAGUGGAAACUACUUUAGCACCUGGUGAGAGCAGGUGAAUGGGACAAAAGGGAAAGGGGCUGGGUUAGAGGCCACAGGUGCAGGUGCAGAAGAUGAAAGAGGUGCAGGGAAGGUCUCCUGGGAAAGCUCAAGGGGGAGGGAUGCAUUUCCAGAAGCAAUGCCCCUUCCCCAAAACACAAGGAGAGAGAAAGUUUCCAUAAAAAAAUAUAUAUCAAAACCAGGCUUCUAUGCCAGGCAUGGGCAGCAUUUGCAUUUGUGAGGGCCACCUUGGGACACUUGCAGCCUUACAUGUUCUCCAGGCAGCUGCUGACAGGAUGGUGGUGAAACCAGAGCACAUUUAAGUCCCUCAUAGUUUACACCUUAAGGUGUGGUUGCCUGGAGCACACCCAAUGGCCAGAGAGCCUAUCCUCACAACCUUCCCUGUUAUCUGUUCCUGCUAAGAACAAAGGGCUUCUUUAAACAAGCAGGAUUUCCUACAGAGAAGAAGCAGGGCCAUUUUCACAUGAGAGGCAGAGAGGGAAAGGCCAAGAGUCACUGAAUUUAAAGAAUCAGUCACAGAACUGCAGUGAAGUAGAAUCUAUGCUUUGGGGAUCCUUCAACAUCCGAGUUUACAGAUGGCAUAGGAUGCAUCAUGUUGGGAAGGCAAGGAAACCAUUUUGUCCUUGUGCUUCUACUUGCAAAGGAAAGAAGGUGGUUGUCUCACCCACUGUCUUAACUUGAGAGGUGUCCCUUUAAGAAUCUCUCCUCCUCUUGUUGCCUUGGGAACUGGGAAGGUGAAUUGCACCUGUGUUGGCUUAAGCAAACAAUAGGAUCUGUGUAGGCUGGCAGGAAAUCAGUAGAUUCAGGUUGCAUUAGCCUUCACUGGACCAGAAACAAAGAGGAAGUUGGCAGUCCUUGGCAUAAGGCUGGGAAAAUAAUUUUUGAGUGACACCAACUUACUCCAAGAUCAGUUGGCUUAAGGAUGAGGGUUGCCAACUUUUAUUUCAGCCCCUGCUCCUCUUCCUUUGAACAGCACCCCAGUUUGCAAAUGUUAGCAGGUGAUGUUUGCCUUGAUGAUGAAACUUGAAAGUUUAUUCGGCUCAAGCUGCUGUUGGAGGAGCAAUGCCUGGUUAUGUCCUUUUUUCUGGACAGUUGACAACUCUUCUAAAGGCUGGUAAAUGUCUUUCACACACUACAUUAAUUACUAAGUUUUGUGCUUCCUUUCUGUCCUCAGAUCUUUGACCAGACAGUGGAUAACGCUCGAAUUGUUCUGCAGAUUGACAAUGCCAGGUUGGCUGCUGAUGACUUCCGUGUAAAGUGAGUGGAUUUUCUUCUUGUUGGUCCUGUUUGGUCCUGGGAUCCCUCCAGAGGCCCAUCUCUGUAGAACAUGAGACUCAGGGUUCAAGUCCCACAUUGGGCAAAAUAUUGCUGCAUUGCAGGGAGUUGGACUAGAUGACCCCCGUGUUCCCUUCCAAAUCUGAUUCUAUGAUUUUAUCAUUUUGGGACCUUAGAGCCGUCUUUCCCAACACCUUUCCCCAGAUGUUGGUCUACAGUUUUCAUCAUCCAAAUUCAGUAAGGUCGAUGGUCAGGGAUAAGGUGAAUUGUGGUCCCACAUCUGGGGACCCAAGGCUGAGAAAGACUGCCUUGGGGUGUAAAGUAUCACUAUCUCUAUAUGUGUGUCAUUUCAUAUUUUUAUGUUGUAAACUGCCCUGUGAUCUUUGGAUGAAGGGCAGUAUAUUAAUUUAAUUAAUGAUGGUAUCCGUAGUUAGAGCAAAAGCAGCAGCCUCUAACUCUUCUUUUUCCAUGGGGCGGUAGGCAUGUAUAAAGCCUACAGAUAUCAGAAAGGGAGGAACACAAAGGCCAGUGGGUCUCCUCCAUCCCUGCCUACGUGAUGUUGUGUAGGACUCCGGUUUGCUUCCAGAGCACCUUGCAUUCAAUCUCAAUGAGUCCUGGUUCCAGUGGUAAUUUCUGUCUCCAGUGGAAUGAGGCCAUUUGAGUGGCGAGCAAUAUCAGGCAGAUGGGGGUCACCUGCUAGGCUGCCAAAAAACAGAGUGGAGGGCAUUUAAGUGGGGAAGGCCUAAAUCCAUACAGUCAUUGGAUGACACUGGGGUUUCAAUGGCUAGCCAUGCAUCUGUCCAGACAAAGGAAGGCAUAAACUCAUUCACUGGGCUGAGAAGACUUUGGGUAAUCCUGUAAAGUCAGGGUUUAAAGGAACCAGGCACUGAGUGGGUGGGAGAACUGUUGUUGGACUCCCACCCCACCAGCCCCCAAAAGCAUAACCAAUGUUCUCGACGGGCACUGUAAUCCAGCAAUACUGGAAGGCCCCACUCCUAACCCACAAGUAUUCCAGAGUGCUUUAAAAAAAAUCUGUAAAUUUUGUGCCAAGAAUAGAUUAAUCCCCCAACCUGCAAAUGUUAUGCACAUUCAACAAAUUUGCACAAUUUCUCUCAAUUCUGCAAAAUUUGUUCACUAUUUUAUUUAGCAUUUUGCAUGCAUGAAUUUAUUCUGGUUUUGCUAAUCCCAGAAGAGGGACAAGGAGCAGUAUAAAGCACCAAAGAUCCACCCUUAACCAAUGGAGAUCUUACCCAGCAACCUCUUUGGCCUCUAAACUGUCAGCAGACAUUACAUGUUUUCAAGCGUAUGUUUAGAGUCAAUAAGGGCUAGAAACUUCAAAAUAAAAAUCAAGAAGCCGAAUUCUUCAUUCACCUGCACUUUUUGUGCAUUUACCUAGGAUCACUCACGGCAUGUGCACACCCCUGCUUCUUACACUCUGAAUUAAUCCCCCCAUCACCAGUGUGCACAUCUGUUUGCAAACUGAUUAUUGUGAAGACCUCAUUCCUUCUUCCCUGUCACCCAGGUUUGAGGCUGAGCUGGCCAUUCGUCAGUCUGUGGAGAGUGACAUUAAUGGCCUCCGCAAAGUCAUUGAUGAUACCAAUAUGAGCCGCCUUCAGCUGGAAGGUGACAUUGAGGCCCUCAAAGAAGAACUGAUCUUCCUGAAGAAGAACCACCAAGAUGUAAGUCUCUACUGCGGUCACUGGGCAGAGACAAGAUGGAGGUGGCAGGAGCAAUAGUUUGAUGGAAGAUACUGACUGGGGCCUGUCAUGAAUGGAAUCAAUGGCUUUGCACAUUUGGGACACACAGCAGCUUCAGAGUCUGUGCUCAUUUUAUGCCUCCUCUUCCCUUGCUAGGAAGUCAAUGCGCUACAGUCCCAGAUUGCCAACUCAGGACUGACAGUAGAAGUAGAUGCUCCCAAGUCACAGGAUCUGGGCAAGAUAAUGGCUGAAAUCCGGGCACAGUAUGACACCUUGGCUCAGAAGAACCUUGAGGAUUUGGACAAGUACUGGAGCCAGCAGGUGAGCAGAAUAACUUUUGCAGCUUGAUCCUGACAUGCCCCCAUAGCAUUUCAGGGUUUUUACAAUAAGAGAGAGGUUACUGUCCCCAGAACUAUAACCCUGACUGUCCUCAUGAAGAAUAAUAUUUCUUCCCACCUUUCCAUUAGAUCACUGAGAGCACCGUCAUGAUCACCCAGAAUACCAAGGAGAUUGAGACCGGCCGUGCUACUGUCACUGAGUUGCGCCGCAACGUCCAAACACUGGAAAUUGAGCUGGAGUCUCUGCGCAACCUGGUACGAUCUUCACCUCUCAUUCCAAAUACUGCAGGGGUAGGGAGCCUCAGUCCAGGGAGCUAUGUGGCCCUGUGGACCUCUCUGCCUGGCUCUUGGGAAUCUGCCCAGACCAAGCCCCCUCACCUUGCCCUCCUCUAGUGAUAUUUACCAGGCUGGAAUGUGUGAUAAUAGCUGUUCCUUGCCUGGAUGGCGGUGGGGGUGGGUGUCUGGCCAAACCCCCAGAUGCGACCACCUUGGAAGGUUGCCCAGAAAGGAAUAUGGCCUUUGGGCUGAAAGGGGCCCCCGUUCCUGAGCAUAGUAAUAUAGUAAUGUAGCGCUUGCUUGUUUGUGGUGCCUUGUUAGUGUUUUAAGUUCUGUAUUGAGAGAGAGGCACUCUGCAUGGAAUUAUUUCAUAAAGCAAAGGUGCAGCCUGUUCCUGUAACGGAGGCAAUAUAUGGAGUGUAUGGGAUGGAAAUACCACCUAAGAACAAUCAAAGUGUUGUUGGCUUAGCAAGCAAUGACCCUGAUCCCCAAUCCUGUCCCCUUUUUUAUUCUCUCUACAGAAAGCCAACCUGGAAGGAAACCUCCUUGAAGUGGAGAGCCGCUACGGCAUGCAGAUGGAGCACCUCAAUGGGCUAUUGCUGCGGACCGAGGCCGAACUGGCACAGAUGCGGAGCGAUGUCCAGCGCCAGGCAGAGGAAUAUCAGGCUCUGCUGAACAUCAAAGACAAGCUGGAGGCUGAGAUCAAUACCUACAGAACCCUGCUGGAGGGCGGAGAUGAGUUCAAGUGAGCUUUUCAUUCUUUCAUCUUUCUGGGGCAAAAACACAGGACUGGUCAUCUGGGCUCUCCCAAGCUAGACACAGAUGUUCUAUAGAUCACCAUAGCUCUGGUGUAUGUGGCCCUUUCCCUGCUCUUUCUCUGUAAGCUCUGGAACAUCAUUUCCCAAUCUUGGAGGGGAAACUGCUUCUAGUCACAAUGGCUAUAUGCUACCUUCGGGAUCGGAAACACACACCCCUCGAUGCCUCCAGCUGCCAGGCAUGGGGGAACAAUGGCAGGAGAGGGCUAUUGUACUCUGUCUUGCUUUUGGGCUUCCUGUAGGUACCUGGUUGGCCAAUGAGGAUGAGAGAGGAUGCUGGACUUGAUAAGCCUUGGCUCUGCUUCAGCAGAGCUCUUAAUGUUCUUUUAAAGUGUGUGUCUUGACUGAAUUAGGAUAGAAGGUGUGAUGCUCACUAAUGCCAGAGGAGAUUUACUUUUACAGUACUUCAGAGUAGACCUGUUAAGUGGAAGCCACAGGUCAGUCUUAGCAACUUGAGAUGAACCUUGUGCACAGUUCUAUUCUUAAGUUCUAGGACAUCCUUUCAUGAUGGACAAAUUCUAGACUCCCAAGUACACUUGCCGAAAUGGAUUGUCACUGGUCCUGGCCUUGCGACCCCUAGGCCCAUGAGGCUUCAGGUUGGGCUGCUUAAACCACCUUAAAUUGGCUUAAGAUGACUGGAUUUCCCCAGGAGGUAACAAGGAACUGGCAGCAGUGUCUCAUGUUCAUUGUCGGUGCCUUCUGUCUCUCUUCAGCCUGAAAGAUGCAUUACUGGAAAGCACCAUGCAAACUACUCAGAAGAUCCACACCACCAAGAUCAUUGAUGGCAAAGUGGUGUCGGAGACGAACGAAAGCAAAGUGAUGAAGCGUUGAUCCCACCUGCUGUGUGGCAAGGAUUGGCACCCGGUGCAGCUAACGUUGCGCACCUUUUGUUCCAGAGCUGGAGAGUUCCGGGGAGGGAGUGGGGUGGGUCUUAAUGGAAUUCAAUAAAGAAAUGUUAUU